GUGUGUGAAGCCUCUGGGGCUCUUGAGUUUGUCUCCAUUCUAACAAUAUUUUGCCUCCAGGACCCCUUCUUCCUCAUUGCCAUUCUUCCCAAGAACCCGCUGGCCUGUUUCUGUGCAUGGUGGGAAGGGAAGAAGGAAAAGAAGUGGCCUGAAACAGUCUCCAAGCCCCACUGGGGAUCUGGUUUUCCAGCUAAGAAAUCAUUUAUAUAAAUAAAACCAGUGAAUAGCCAUGUCCACGGACAGUCUAACCAGUUGUGUCUUUGGGAAACAAAAUGAACCUUUCAUGGUUAUCCUGGAUGUUUCAGCUCAGGUCAGGUCCCAAAGCUUCCCAAUCCCCUUGGGGUCAAGGUGUCUAUCCCACAAUGCCUUUGGCCCCCAGAUCCUAGCCCCCCAUUGUCGUGGGCUUCUCUGUGCCAAACCCUUUUGGGGACCCCAAGUGUCUGCCUCCAACCUCCCUUCACUUAAGGGACCUCGGCAUCUAGUCAGCCCAUCCCCUCCCCAGGACAGAAAGGAAAGGGGUCCGUGAGUCAGUUCUGCCGAGCCUCUGCUGUUACCAGCCACAUCCCCUCCUACCCACAUCCUGGCCAAAAGGCCAUUGUUUGAAAGCUGCUCGUGCUUCCUUCGGGGAGCCUCCUUGCCUUUCAGGGAACAGGAGGGAGAGGCCUCUCCCCUCAACUCCUGACCUUCAGUACCUGGAGGGAUGGGCCAUACCUACCUGCCUUUUGCCUCACCCCGCCCCCACCAGCCCCAGACAGAGUGAAGUUUGGGGGAAGGAGCAUAAAGAUGAUCUGAGUCAUCAAUCUGGUGUGAAAGCCCCCACCGCUUCCCCUUCCGGGGCCCAGGCUUGGAUCCCCCAACCUCCUGCUGGCUUGGCCAGGUCUCAGUCCCCUCCUCGCCUCCUGAAACCCAAGCAUUUGGUCUCCGAUCCUCCGACUUCUCGGGUCCCAGCUCCCGGCCCCCCGACCUCCCAGGAAUUCGGGCCGUCAUCCCAAAUCUUUAUUGUCCGAAGUCCCUUUUCUUCUCUGACUUUGGCUGCCUGAGGCCCCGGGCCCCUGCCCCCUUGUGAGAAUAAGGCGCCUCCGGUUCCUGAGGACCAGGUGAAGGAUGCGGCUCUGCGGGGUGCUCGCCCUGCUCUCCGGGAGUCUUGCUCUGGCCCUGCUGCUGGUCGCCCUGAGCACUGAUAACUGGAUCGCUUCCGUAGGCCGUAAUCACCAGGCUCACUCCGGCCUGUGGCAUCCCGACGGGGAGUCUGUGAAAGAUUUCAUCCUGGCCACCAGAGUCUUCACUAUCCUGGCUGCACUGGGGGGUCUGCUGUCCAUCUGCUGUCUGAUCCUCCUCCUCACUCCAUCCCUCUGCAACCCCAGCUUCAGCCACCUGGCCUCUCUGAUUUUUUGCAUCACAGCCUUUGCUGCAGUCCUCUGCAGCACAGUGGGAAUGGCGAUUUACACUGGAGAGCGAUGUAAAGAGUCGGGUUAUUCCCAGAUUCAGACGACCUUUGCCUGGUCCUUCUACAUGGGAUGGAUUUCUGUCGUCUUCUUCCUUUUCACUGGGGUCCUGAGCCUUGUGGUGCACUGGAGUGCUCCCCGGCCCAACUACGAGAUAACUGCUUGAGAAUCCAGUCCUAGAUUCAAUGAAUAAACCCAAAGUUGCUCAUUGGA